ACGAAGAAUUUUUUGCCUUUCGCUACUAAAACAGAUCACUGCGUAUUGCCAUUUUUGCAAAGAUGGAGUAGAAAGGAAGAUGAAAACAUGCCCAGACCAACAGCAGUCACUGUUACUGUGGCUACCUUGUUUGGCAUUGCAGCAGGAGGUCUAGCUAUCUGGAAGGUCAUCCAACGUCGAAAACAUAACACUUGCAUUACACCUAACCAAGGACAAAAUGUUAAGGAACGAGAAAAGAAAGAUAUCACAGAAGACAUUUUUCGUUCAUCUUUACCUUCUCCUACAAUUUGUUGGCUGGAGGAGAUCCUUGAGGCAAAAGUAAUAAUUGUUUCUGAGGUAGAGAAGUGGAAUGAAGUGGAACCCAUAAUAAUGAAAGAGUUGGAAUGUUGUCUAGUCCUUGGAAUUGACUGUGAGUGGGUCUCAGUGAAAGGAAAAAAGGUCAAGCCUGUUUCUCUCUUACAAUUGGCUACUUGUAAUGGACUUUGCCUUCUUCUUCGUUUGCCCCAGCUGACCAGUGGGGGACAAGUUCUUCCAAAGACUUUGCUUGAAGUUCUGGCAGAUGGCAAAAUCCUAAAAGUUGGGGUAGGAUGUUGGGAAGAUGCUAGUAAGCUGUUUCAUGACUAUAGUGUAACAGUCAAAGGAACUGUGGACCUCCGCUAUCUGGCCCUAAGACAUAGUAAGACCUUCUCCACAAAUGGGCUCAGCCUGAAGUCUCUUGCUGAAAAGCUUCUCCAAUAUUCCCUUGACAAAUCUCUACACUUGUGCUGCAGCAAUUGGGAAGCGGAACAGUUAACUAAAGAACAGAUUGAUUAUGCUGCCCGAGAUGCCCAGGUGUCAGUGGCUUUGUUCCUCCACCUGGUGAACCUUUCCUGCCCCCCUUGUUCGUCAGGUGAUGGAUAUGUUCUUCCUGCUUGGGGAAAAGUCCUGAAGAAAUGUCAGGGUUUGGUGGAUGUACCCUUCAGGGGAAAAAAUAAUAGAUUUGGUGAUAAUGAAAACCCAGGAAAUGUGGAGCACAGCCCACAGUAUGAGAAACUUCCAUCUAAUGAAUCCUCCCCAAUCAACCAGCAGGUGAAGGAUCCUCGGAAGCACAAACGGAAGCCUCUGGGUGUAGGAUAUUCUGCAAGGAAAUCUCCCUUGUAUGAUAAUUGCUUCUUGCAUGCUCCAGAUGGGCAGCCUUUAUGUACAUGUGAUCGCAAGAAAGCCCAGUGGUAUCUUGACAAAGGCAUUGGAGAAUUAGUAAAUGUGGAGCCGUUUACUGUGAGAUUAAAGUUUGAGCCUUCUGGACGCCCUGAAUCAACUGUGGAUUAUUACUUGGCAGUCAAAGAAAAUCUGUGUGUUGCGUGUGGCAAAAAAGAGUCUUAUAUUCGAAAGAACAUUGUACCGCACGAGUACCGGAAACACUUUCCCAUCCAGAUGAAAGACCACAAUUCUCACGAUGUGCUCCUUCUCUGCACUGCGUGUCAUGCGCUCUCUAACUACUAUGAUAAUCAUCUCAAGCAACAACUGGCAGAAGAAUUCGGUGCUCCUAUUGGUUGUGAGGAGGGCGUUCGCUUGCUUGAAGAUCCCACCCGCAGAUUAGUCCGUUCAGCAGCUAGAGCACUUGUGAAUGCAGAUAGCCUGCCUGCUGCCAGGAAAGAAGAGCUGUUGCAGCUGAUCAGGGAUUACUUUGCAUCUGACACAGUUUCCCCAGAGAUGGUGCAGGAAGCAGCUGGACUGGAAACCAGGAUUUUUAAUGAGAACUAUGUGCCACAUGGCCUGAAAGUGGUCCAGUCUUUUGCUCAAGGGGGCUUAUAUUCUCUCAUGGGGCUGGAGAAACGUUGGCGCCAGCACUUCUUGGAUGUCAUGCAGCCCAAGCAUCUCCCAGCACAAUGGUCUGUUGAUCACAAUCACGACAAGUUAAUCCGGAAAUAUGGGGAGACUCUCCAGAUUGAACUUUCCUGAAGAUGAAAUGAUGAAACUGGAAAAUAUAACUGAGAUUUAUUAUUUUCUCUCCCCCUCAUGUUGGGAUUAAGAAGAUUCCACUAAGACGGUUACAUUGUG